GAGCACAGUUCCGAUUUAGGUUUAACUUAAAUGGUUUUGUAUUAUGGUGCGGGAAGGUAUACGUCACUAUGCACCAAUAGGCUAGAAAUUCACGGAAACUAUACAUAUAGAAUACACUUAUUCAAUUAUAAUGGAAUCGGUAGGUAUGAAGAGCAAAUCAUAGAUCACCAACUAAUAACAACAACGAUGUUGGAACCCAAAGAUGGCGAUGAGGAUGCAAUGUCCACUUCUUUAUCAACAAACAGAAGAAUGUCAAGGCAAUCGUCUGCAAAUUCUAUGAUAUCACGCGCAAGUCGUCUGCAUCAAAAAAGUGCCAAACUUCACAGAACUCCUGGACAAUCUGUUUCGUCUGGAGUAGGUGACAUUUCAAAGGUUGAAAACAAAAAUAAUGUAGAUCCAACUACAAAUCAAGCAGAAACUCUUAUUACUGCACUACCAGAUGAUGAUCAGUCAGAAACAACAAAGAAUCUCAAGGCGUCAGAUGAAGAACCUAAAACUGACAUUGAUUUGGAUGACAAUGAUUUAUAUAGUGAAAAGGGAGACGUAUUUGAUAAUGAAGCACCAUUUGAAAUUGACAUUGAAAAUGAGGCUGAUUAUGACACUGACUUAGAAGUGGAUGAAGAAGCCUUCCUCAAAGAGGAUGAGAUGACUGAUCCGGGUGGAAAGGAUGAUUAUGUUAAAAUGUGCAAAUCUCUUGGUGUUAUACCAGUCUCUUAUUUUAUGAGGCACAUCAAGGAUCCCAACUUUACAAUGAAGCACCAUGGGCUGGGCUCCAGUGGAUCCACAUCUAUAGGAUAUUCUUUGGAGAAUAAUACAAAGAUGGUAAAGGUGAACCUUGAAGACAACUUUCUUACAAAAAAUGGCGCCAUUGGACUUGCAAAACAUCUAAAAGAAAACAUGUAUAUAACCGAACUGACGUUAUCUGAGAACAAUAUAGGCAAUGAUGGUGCUAAAGCUCUCUGUGAGAUGUUAACUGAAAACCAUGUAAUAAACAAACUGAACUUGUCAGGCAAUGAGUUCACGUGUGCAGCUGCCGAACACUUCUACAAAAUGCUGGAGCAUAAUACAUCAUUGAAACAUCUAGUUCUAUCCCAUAAUAACCUGGAAGAGAGGGGCGCCAAGAUUUUCAAGGAUAUACUGAUGAUGACAGAGUCCCUGGAAUCACUAGAUCUCAGUUGGAACCACAUACGGAUGAAAGGCGCAGUUGCCAUUUCUGAUGGGCUAAAGGAAAACAUAGGACUAAAGACCAUAAACUUAGCAUGGAAUGGGUUUGGUUUUCACGGUGCGAAGGCAAUGGGCACCGCACUGUGUCACAAUAGAUCUCUGCUUGACCUUGACAUUAGUGCCAACAGGAUUCCCACAGAGGGCGCUAUGUUCCUUGCAAAAGGGCUGAAGGUCAAUGACAUUCUCCAAGUCCUUAAGCUCGGACAAAACCCCCUCGAUCUACCCGGGCCCAUGGCUAUUCUCCUCGCAGUAGCAAAGAAUGAUAGUUCUAACUUGGUCUACGUCGAUAUGACCAGUAUUUUUGUAUCUGAAGACUUCGAGGAAAAACAAAAGGAACUCCAGAAAGAGCGGGCAAUAACCGUAAUACAUGGAGGCACAACAGAAAAUAAGAUGGACCUUAGCUUCUUUAAUAACGUCAGUAAAGCUAUCACCAAGGACCCUAUGGGCUUCCUCAGAGACUAUUGUGCCUCCAGGGGGUACAGGCUGGUCGAUAUGUUUAGAGAGUUUGACAAAGAUCAAAGCAUGCAAGUCAGCAGAGAGGAAUUUAUCAGAGGAGUACAGAUGAUGGGCAUACCGAUGCGACUUGACCAAAUAGAUGAUCUCAUUACAUCUUUGGACAAGAACGGAGAUGGUGAAAUAGAUUACGCUGAGUUACUAUCCGGAGACAAGGAGUAUUUGAAAGCACAAAAAGCUCUCCAAGACGCCAUCAAUAAGAAGGAUGCGGAUAGAGAUGAGAAGAAAAAAGAGAGUACCUUUGGCAAACUUUUAUUUAACUCUAUGGGGCCAUUGGCAGUGGAGCAGGCAAUGGAGAAUUGUAUACUAGAUGAUGGUGAUGGAGAUGAAUAAAGAUAACAAUUUAUUUCCUGGACUUGCCUUGUCUAAAAUAUGAAAUAUUUACACAUCAUUUGUGGCUGAGCCAUAGGGGUUGAAAUAGGGGAGCCAAAUGACAAGUGGUCAGAAUGUUACCUUUUCAGUAAAACAUCGUUUGGGUAGUUAGUUGACUCUCAUUUCUGGAGGCCAAUGAUGUUUUUCAAUACAAUCUCAUGCGAACAUUUUACGGUGUUAUGCUACAUGCCAUGUGCACGAUCACUUGUGAUUUUGACUGUGACAAAUUUAUUUGCUUGCCUCUUGUAAAAAUACAAAUUAUUUACAUUAUAUGUUACAUGAAUGCUUAAUUUUAAUUUAUAUACACAUUGUAAAAUAUACACUUGCAAACUCCCAGUUCUACAUAAUAUUGUUCAAUAUUGGUCGAGAUUCAUUGUCUGACUCUAUCACUUAGUUUACAGUUCAUCGUGCAUUCCAUGAUAUGUUCAAGUGCCACUGGAACGCAGCACUCU